AUGAGUUACGGAUACGGUGGCCAAAAUCCAUACGACUCUCCUGACCAGGGCUAUGGCGGUAACAAUGGCUACGGCAAUGGCGGUGGCUACAACAGCCCACCCGCUCAGGGUUAUGGAGGUAGCGUCGAGAUGGCUCCGCUUGCCCACAACGCCGUCGGCUUUGGCCAAGGCGACCCCAACGCCAUUCUCAAUGAGUGCCGCGACAUCGACCGUGGAAUCGACACUGUUGAGCAGAACUUGGAACAGCUUCGCAUGAUCCAACAGCGAACUCUUGACGAUGCCGAUAGCUCAGGCUCCAGUGCCGCCAGCCGCCAGCUCGACUCACUUUCCGCUGAUACCAUGUCUCUCUACCGCGAGCUUACCGAGCGAGUCCGCACCGUCAAGUCUAACCCUGAGGCGAAAUCGCCAAAGAACAACCCUCACGUCACCCGCAUUGACCGCCGUCUCAAGGCUGCCAUCACCCAAUACCAGCAAGUCGAGUCGCAAUUCCGAAAACGCACACAGGAUCAGAUGGCCCGCCAGUACCGUAUUGUGCGCCCAGAUGCCUCGGAGCAAGAGAUCCAGGCUGCUGUCGAGGACACCACUGGAGGCCAGGUCUUUAGCCAGGCCAUGAUGCAGAGCGAUCGCCAGGGUCGUGCCCGUGCUGCUCUGAGCGCUGUUCAGGAUCGUCACCAGGCUCUCAUCAAGAUCGAGCAGCAAAUGGUUGAGCUGGCUCAAUUGUUCCAGGAUAUGGACACCCUUGUCGUUCAGCAAGAAGCUGCUGUCACCCAAAUUGAACAGAAGGGCGAGGAAGUCGUUGAGAACCUCGACAAGGGUAACGAGGAGAUUGGUGUGGCCGUCAACACUGCCCGCAAGACACGCAAGAAGAAGUGGAUCUGCUUGGGUAUCUGUGUUGCUAUCAUUGUUGUUAUUGUCAUUAUUGUUCUCAUCUACAUCUUCGUCAUCAAGGGACAGAACAACAACAACAAGAAGCGAAGCAUCGAGGCAGCCAUUGGCAGCUUGCCUGUUAUGCACACAGCUGUCCUACCUGCUCGCUUAGCCCGUCGUGUUGCUGCCGACAACACAGCAUCCUCUCUGCUCAACAGUGUUGGCGGAGGGCGGUUCCAUCUGCCCCAGCUACCGCGGAACUAG